AUUUUUUAGCUCAACGAAAACGAUAGUAAAUAUGUACCUACAAAUGGGAGAUUGUUUACACAUCCUAGUUUUCCCCUUGAUAAGAGUCAAAUGGGAUUUUCCUGACCCGAAAAGAUACGCACAAUCAGUUUUUGAACACAUGCUUGUAGAUCCUCUGAAAAAGAAUACUCAAAAGACAGCAUUUUCGGUUUUUUUGUAAGGAUCUAAGAUGGGAUUCCAAGAUAUAUAAUAAUAUAUUUAAUUUAUUUUCAAAAAAGGAUGGGGUCGAAUCAAAAUUAAAUUUUUUUUUGGUUUAAUGAAAAUCUGAUGAGUAUAUCCUUUAGCUACCAUAGCUUCCAUAGGAACUAUCAGCAAAAUGUAAAGGACAACGUAAAAUGAUUAUGUAAACAAGAAAGGAAGCUAACUUCGACACGCCGAAGUUCUUAUACCCUUGCAGAUUGCUAUUGGAUCAUUCGGAAAAUUUCAAAACCGACCAUGUUUUCAUUGUCACUUGAUAGAGCUAUUUUCUUUUAUAACAAAACGUUUUCAUACAAGUCGAAUACAAAAGUUGUAAGACCGGAUCAUCCACAAAAAUAUGUCCCGAAUUUCGAAGCGCAUCUACGAGCCCCGUACCGCUUAUCCGGAUCGCACCAAAUCCGAGGAGAAGUCCUUCACAGAGCUGAAUGUGCCGAUCAAGAAGCUGGACACGGCGCUGCUGCUGCUCAGCUCGAUGGAGGAGUGCGUCCUGAUCUCUGUCUUCAGCCAUAUAACGGACUUUGCUCGCCGUCAGGAUGCGAAUGUACUGGAAUUGAGGGAGCAUCGCCUGCUGGAAUUGCUCUUGGAGAAGGAGCUCUUCAUCAGCAAAGACAACACGAUGAUCCGCCGAUUCGCCUUGUAUCUGCUCACUGCUUUGCUGGACAACGUUGACAUGUCCACGUUUGAGCCGGAGCAGGCGAAUCAGAUCCUGGAGCUGGCCCGCAAGUACUACCAAAGGGAGGCCGACGACUUCUGCAUCGAGUAUCUGACUUAUAUAAUAAAUGUGUGCCUGAGGGAUCCGCAGAUGGCCCACAGUAUUGUGGACGAAACGGAGUUCCUGGAAAAGUUCAAGCUGGUUUUCAUCAAUUCCGAGAACCCGGACACGGUGUUCCACUCCAUCGAGGCUCUGCACCAGAUGCUGCAGGCCCAGGGCGCCGACCAGAUGCUGCUGUUCACCACGCAGCCUGACUUUCCGGUGGAUCGUAUCAUUUGCGAGGUGACCAACGAGUACCAGGAGAUUCGCAAGGCUGCCCUGAAGGCCCUGAAGACCCUCCUGUCGGAUACUGGAGAGGACAGUGCCUUUGAGCCCCUGCAUCGCUGCUUUUUUGUGCUGGAGCAGCUGGUCAAGGCCUUCUGCGACAAUCCCCAGGGACCCGAGGCGACCGAUAUAAUCGAGGUGCUAGCCACGGCCCUGCGCUCCGAGAAGAUGACCAAGCUGUUCUUUGAGCAGAACCUCUUCGAUCUGGUCGUGGAGCAGCUGCGGGUGUACAUGGACCAACUGCCGCUGCAGAUGCGCUGCACCAUCAUCUCUAUCUUCGCGGAGACAGCUCAGUACGAGCAGUUCUUGCCGCGCAUGCACAAGGCGGAAAUCACGAACAUGUUCCUGAAGUGCCUCAUGGAGAACAAGCCGGCACCGGCGGCCUUUGUGAUCCAGGGCCUGUGUCGCCUCUCACAGUACCCGGAGGCACUGCGUCGCAUCGUGGCCGAGUAUGAGGAGGGUGCGAUUCGUAAGCUAGUUUCGAUUGUUCUGUCACCGGAUGUUGCCAUCAAGACCCGCGAGCAGGCGGCCGAGUUCCUAGCCCGCUUGCUGGUGGCCGCGUUCAAGGAUACGGCCGUCCAGCUGCAGGAGCAGGACAUAGCCGCCGUCCUUACAGCCGUCUUUGCCCAGGGGCUGCCGGCUUUGUCCAUUGAUUUCGUCCUCUCGCUGCUGACAGUGAUCGAGAGUCUGGCCCAAAACGAGGAGUACCGAACACUUCUGGGGGAGCAUACAUCCUUGACCGAACAGACUGCCCAGCUUUUGAUGCGCUCCUUUGCCCACUCCAUACUGGUGAACAACAUCUUCCGCUGCCUGUGCACGCUGAUAGACGAGCAGCGGGUGCGCCAGACUUUGCUGGAGAACUACAUAGUGACCUCAAUUAAGCGUGCCCUCAAAUCGCUGUCCAAUCUGGUGAAGACGUCGGUGACCAACUUCAUACUGCAGACCACGCGCUUCAAUGAGUUCAUCGACGUAUACAUCGAUCGCGGCAUCCUGGAAGUUUUAAUGGAGUUCCAGAAGCACGCCUUCUGCGUUUCCACCUGGGGACCGGCCAUCGAGAGCAUUCUGUCCAAGUGCCCGACCCUGAAGUUCUGCAUCCGCAACUGCCUUACUUUCACCGACAUCACCUCCGGCAAGGACUUCUAUGUGGCUCACAAAAUGUACGACGACUUUCGCAUCUUCCAGAACAUCCUGCGCAACGACUGCUCGCCUCUGGAGCCCGUGUUGGUGGUGAACUUUGAUCGUCCCACGCCGGAUAAGUCCGAUCUUGUCGAUGUGCCUGUCAAGUGCUUGCACACGAUCACGGAGCAGGCUGGCGAGGAGGGCUGGAUCUACUGCAAGCGCCCCGGGGAUUCCGGUUUGCCGGAGUACCUGGAGGCACUAAAUCAAACGCUGGAGGAACACGGUUUGGUAGAGAAUCCCGAACGAAUCCGACGCUCCAUUGACUUUGCCAACGUGGCCAAACGCAGCAAGCUGAUCGCUCAGGCGGUAGCGGGAGUAAUGAGCGAUAAUCUCAAGAUCCUGGACCUCAACUCGACAGAGGAGUGCUCCCGCCACACGGUCAGCUGCCAUCUGGCCGAACUGCGGUACGUGUAUCACACAAACUUCAUCCCGAUCGGAGCGGUGCGCAGUGGCUGCCAGUUCGAGCGGGCGAUCCUCUUCAAGGGAUUGGCCGACCAGAUCGGACUCCCCUGCACUCUACAGCGCAGUGUGGACGGACGGGUGCUCUACAACGAGGUGCCGCUGCCCCUAGAGCCCGAGGAGGAUGUGCACUGCGACAAGAAGACGCUCAAGUUUAUGCCCUGGCGGAUGCUGAGACCCACCCAUGUGGUGGAUCUCAUGUACAACGUGGGCGAUCUGUAUCCGAUGCAGAGCCGCCAGGCGCUCCAGUACCUGCGCCUCUACUGAUUACCAGUUUUUACUGUACCAUAGUUAUCACUGUACCAACAUAGUUGCGUUUUCUAAAUUGUAACGUCCGCUUGAUUGUAAAAUAAAUCAGUAAAGCGCAGCAACCUAAAAGGUUAGCUGUUUUUAACUUUAA